UGCGGAGAGGCUUUGAGGGAUGGUGGAGUUCGGCUCUGCUGGUCUCGAAGCAGAGUGCACCCUCAUGCUCAGUGUUCAGUGGGUGUCUGAACUGAGGGGUAGUUGUCAGUUUGUCUGAGUGGGAAACAUCCUGGAUUUUGUUACUUGGCAAAGAGUUGGUGUAAACCUACAGCCAGCAGCAGUCUGGAGCCUGGGAGCCUCCUGAAGUCCUGGGUGAAGCCUCUGGUUUUACCAAUUGCAGGUCGGCUUGGCUGGGAGAGAUGGGUGGCGGGGAAGGGGCAGGAGCCUUGAGGAGCAGGGAGAGGCGUCUUUCCUCCUGCCAGCUCCAACCCCAGCCCACACAUUGUACCGUCUCUCCUGCUGUGACUGGGUUGCCUGAAUUUGGGGAGACCCUUGAUCCCAUCCCAGAGUGUGCGGGGGACGGAGGUCUGGUGGGACAAUGUCAUAUUAUAAAUUUGGAAUACUGAAGAGAAAAUUAUAGAUAUUGAUAUUGAAGGAAAUGAAGCGAAGCCUAAAUGAAAAUUCAGUUCGAAGUACAGCAGGCUGUUUGCCUGUUCCAUUGUUCAAUCAGAAAAAGAGGAACAGACAGCCAUUAACUUCUAAUCCACUUAAAGACGAUCCAGGUAUCAGUACUCCUUCUGACAAUUACGAUUUUCCUCCGCUACCUACAGAUUGGGCCUGGGAAGCUAUGAAUGCAGAGUUGGCUCCUGUAAUGAAAACAAUGGACACUGGGCAAAUACCACAUUCAGUUUCUCGUCCUCUGAGAAGUCAAGAUUCUAUCUUUAACUCUAUUCAAUCAAAUACUGAAAGAAGUCAUGGUGAUUGGAGCUACAGAGAUGACAACAAAAAUACCAGCUUGAAAACUUGGAAUAAAAGUGAUUUUAAGCCUCAAUGUAAACGAACAAACUUAGUGGCAAAUGAUGGAAAAAAUUCUUGUCCAAUGAGUUCGGGAGCUCAACAACAAAAACAAUUGGGAAUACCCGAACCUCCUAACUUACCUCGCAACAAAGAAACUGAGCUACUCAGACAAACACCUUCAUCAAAAAUAUCUGGCUCCACAAUGAGAGGGGUAGACAAAAACAGUGCAUUGCAGACAUUUAAGCCCAAUUUUCAACAAAAUCAAUAUAAGAAACAAAUGUUGGAUGAUAUUCCAGAAGACAACACUCUGAAGGAAACCUCAUUGUUUCAGUUACAGUUUAAGGAAAAAGCUAAUUCUUUAAGAAUUAUUUCUGCAGUUAUUGAAAGCAUGAAGUAUUGGCGUGAACAUGCACAGAAAACUGUACUUCUUUUUGAAGUAUUGGCUGUUCUUGAUUCAGCUGUUACACCUGGCCCAUAUUAUUCGAAGACUUUUCUUAUGAGGGAUGGGAAAAAUACUCUGCCUUGUGUCUUUUAUGAAAUCGAUCGUGAACUUCCAAGACUGAUUAGAGGCCGAGUUCAUAGAUGUGUUGGCAACUAUGACCAGAAAAAUAACAUAUUCAAAUGUGUUUCUGUCAGACCGGCAUCUGUUUCUGAACAAAAAUCAUUCCAGGCAUUUGUCAAAAUUGCAGAUGUUGAGAUGCGGUAUUAUAUUAAUGUGAUGAAUGAAACUUAAAGUGAUAAAAGGAAGUUUAAAUAGCAUAAAUUAUAGCAGUUUUCUGUUAUUACUUAAUUUACCAUCUCCAUAGUUUUAUAGCUACUGUUUUCUUGUAUUUCACUUGUUGAAUUAAAGUAUUUGAAUUCUUUUAAACUUGGA